GAUAACGUUUUUGACACGUUUAUUGCAGAUGCUACAGCAAGGCAGAUGGCCAGGAGAAAGAUCGUGGAGGAAUAUUGUCUUACGCAUUCAUACGAGAAGGAACCUAAAGUGAAUCGUGAUAGUUUAGGCUACAUUGUGGUUGAUGAUGAACACAAGAUCAUCUACUGUACAAUUCCCAAAGUAAGCACGACAACCUGGAAGAACGUGUUGGCAAAACUGCGUGGGAUCAAGGUGAAAAACGAGAAGUCGGUAAGAUGACCAAAGCCGUUUAGAAAAGCGUGAAAAAGGGACGUUAAUUUUUCAGUCUUAUCGACGACAUUAGGUUUUAUCAGAAACUCAUAAGUGGUUGAAAACCCCUUAUGAGUUUCUGGUUCUAUUUGGCUCGUCUACUUGUCUUCAAGCCAAUGUCGACCCCUUCAAGUGGCUGCUCGAAGCCAGCAAUUUGUGGGCACAAUCCAUUCGGAUUUUCCUUUUUUCUUUGUUGAGUUCGCCACGGUGACUCAACACGGUGAUAAGGGAUGAAUCAGAACUAACGUCCCAAUUGAUAUCAACCUCUUCAUUACCCACCCAGCCCAUGAAAGGUUGUACCACACAACCGAGGUCUACGCUGGAAUGAAUGAUUUUCUGGGAAGGUUUUCCUAAGAUUUCGAGCCAACCAUUCAACAGAAAACUCAGGAAACGGAAGGCACUGAAUUUGCGAGGUUGUCCCUUUCACAAACAAAUUUCAGAAACCCUCAUCAAAGUAUGAAACGGCAGGACUUUCAGAUAAGUUUAGCAACUUAUUUACUAUUAACUUAUUUAUCUAUUUACUGCGUGUUUAUUGAGUUUCUUGCAUUUUCUAGGUCCACGAGUGGGAUUUGUGGAAUCGCUUGUACCAAUACAACGAAGAAGAAAGAGCAAUACGCAUUAAGACAUAUUUCAAGUUUCUUUUUGUUCGCGAGCCUCUAAAACGUUUGCUGUCGGCGUACAAGGACAAGUUUAUAGGAGGAGACGCGAAAUUGAGUAGAUUAGAUCGGCAAUACAUCAUAAACAAAUAUCGACCGCAAGAUUUGAACAAAAAUGAAAAUUUCGUUAGCUUUGCAGAAUUUAUUAAAUACUUUUCCGAAGAUAUUCCACGAAAUCAGCAUUGGCGGGAAUAUGAAAAACUCUGCCAUCCGUGUCUUGUCAACUACACUUUCAUUGGACACUUGGAGACCAUGGCUGAGGACGCUCCCCUCUUGUUAAAAACGGCGGGAAUUGACGACCGCGUGACUUUCCCGCCAAUUCACGAAUCGACCAACACAGAUGAAGUUCUUGAGUACUAUUCCCAGGUUCCUACCGAGUAUAUUAAGCGACUUGGAGAGCUAUACCGCAGUGAUUUUGAAAUGUUUGGAUACGAAUACCUCGGUGCUGUGAAACCUCUCUUGAGACACAAUACAAGCAAGGAGGACAAUUCAAAUCGUUGA